UUUUAAACCGCCAGGUUGUGCGACCAAAGGCAAAGCCAAAAUGGACCCCGCGUCUGCGGCCAUUCGCGCAGUCAAAGCGCUCGACUGCCAUGCCCUACUAGAGCUGCUCGAGAAGCACCCGGCGUUGGUGCGAGAGAAAGAAGGCCACACGCUCCUCGAGGUCGCGCUGCUCGCUGCGAUCGACCGCCUUCCCGUGUCCGAAGAGGCUGUCUACGUCAUUACGUCGCUUCUGCAGCGCCAGCCAGACGUCAAUGUCUCCUCCGACGGCCGCACACCGCUGCACUUGGCCUGCUGUAUCCAGCACGAGGGCAUUGUGAACAUGCUUCUGUACGCCGGUGCAGAUGCUAACGCCACCUACCAAGGUGACACUCCGCUCCACGUCGCGGUCAAACUCGGGUCGAUCGAGAUCAUGCAACUGCUCGUCGAGACGAACGCGGUCAACGUGAACGCAACCGACAAGCAUGGCCUGACGCCACUCCACUACGCCGUCAAGAUGGGCAAGCAGGAACUCAUCGCCAACCUUCUCACCAGCGGUGCCCAUCCAGCCGAUGCGGAUGCGGUCAGGGCGUUGGCGCCAAGCGUGAACGCGAAGCGCGCAUAUCUUGUUCAGGAGCUUCUAGAGCGCGGUGUCGACGCCUCGAACAUCUGCGGCGGUCUUUCGGCUACUGACUUUGCGGCACGCGGAUUGUGCGGAACCACAGUGAAGCCUGCGAUCGCUGCCGUCAAUAAGCGCUCCAACCGCGGUGUCAACCCUAGCCUUGGCACAGGUCGCUUUGGCGCUGCCAAGCUUGAUGUGUUGGAUGGUGAAACUGUUGUUGUGAAGACCCUCUUCGCGUCUUCGCCCAACUUGAUGUCUGAGCUGCGCGCCCUCUUGAGCACCAACUCCAAGUACAUUGUUGGAGUCCGCAAGAUCAAACGGUCGCCAACCGGCGGCCAGUGGCAGCUCUUCCUCGAAUACAUGGACGGUGGCACUCUCCGUAGCCACCUGAGGAAUCCCAACAUCGACGUUCUCAAAGUCGCUCUUGCCAUUGCACGAGGGCUCCAGGCGCUGCAUGAGCCAAAGGGACAAGGUUGGAAUGUGGUCCAUGGCAGCCUCAAGCUCGACAACGUGUAUUUCAACAAGAGAGGCCAGAUCAAGCUCGCCGACUUUGGUCUUUGCCGCGUCGAGUCUGCAAUUUUGACGCACAUCGACCUUUCGACCGAGCACUAUGUCGCGCCGGAGCUCUUUGAAGGCGCCAAGCUUUUGGCGUCCGCCGACAUUUAUGCGUUUGGUGUCAUUCUCGCCGAGAUGGACAUGCGCGCCCCGGCGCCCCGAGGCAGCGACGAGAAGGCGAGACGAGGCGAGUACGUGCCCAAGUUGCGCUCCGACUGCGCCGAGUGGUACCGCGAACUCGUCCAGUGGUGCGUCACCAAGGAACCGGAAGACCGCCCCAAAAUCUCCGACGUCAUCCAGAUUUUGGAAAACCCAUCGAUGGAGACACUCCAUUGUCAAAGAUGAAUGCAUUUUUUCGUUUAACCGGGUAUGUCGAAACUGCUACUUUUGCCAGCUCUCGAGCUCUAGAACAUGUAUGUUAUUGCGA